GGGUCGCACGAUAAAUCCGCGGUCACAAUCCAAUAUACAUAUAUCUGGCGAAUGGGAAAAUAUUUUCCUUUCAUUCGCGCCAAAUCGUAAAAUAAGAAAUAUACCAGUUCUCAGUCGUUAUUGGAUCAAAGUGAAAAUAAGUUUGUCGUGUAAUUGUUAUGAUUUCUGUGUGACACCCACGCAAAGUGAAGCGUGCCUCCACCAUUUUGUAAACUACUCCCUCCUCGUGUCUCAGUGUCCGUAUGUGUAAGUGCGUUUAUGUGUGGAAUAGUAGCAACGGAACCUGUCGCAGAAUGCUCGCUCAUAAUGAAAACCGCGUAAAAGUUAAAAUAUUAAACAGUUUUGUGGCAUAAGCAAUGGACGGGGACCCGUUUGAGGAAUCCGAUCCCGCUUCCACCAAAAAGCAGAGGGAGCAAGUCUUAGAGGUGGCUAGACAACGGCCUGCAACAAAUGUCGCCAAGAGCAUCGUUGCAUAUGAGGAGCAGCCAGAUCUCUCCAUCCUGGUGGUGCUCCUCGAGGAGAUCAGUAAGAACUCUGACUACUCCACGGACCUACGUCUCUCCACGGAAUAUUACGGAAAUCAUCUGCUACGGCUUUGCAAGGACAGGAAUGUGCCGCGUCGUGUUGCGCUGGGUUGUGGCGGCAGUGCCAUCCAGUCGUUGGGAAAGAUCUAUGCCGAUCGCGUGGAGUACAUCGGCCAAACCACGGAGCACAUAAACGAGUCAAUGUCAUCAGCGCAACGCGAAGCCAGUGAAAAGAAUACCAGUGGCCAGGAGAGCAGUGCACCCAAGCCGGAAGAACCACGGAAGCGUCGAGUAAAAAAACUCGCGCAAAAAACAAUUGAUCCGUUUCUGGUGAAUCUAGAACCACGAGCCUUCAAGACAAUGUCCGAGGAGAAGCGGUUUAGUACAACGGGCAUGGCAAAGUGUAGCAGAAACAGAACGAUCGAGUAUCUGUACCAGGACCAUACGCCUCCCAAUCUGUGGCGAAAUGCCCCGAUCGUGGAUCCCCGUCAGGCCUCGGAGAUCGAUGAAAAGAAGCAGUAUAAGCUAUUCACUUAUCACAUCGAGCACCGCUACAAUACGCUGCUCCCCGACAUACAAUUCGAGCGACUCAGUCUGAUUAAAGAGUACGUUAAUUCGCAGAAUCUUAGUCAGGAUAUUCUCAACGUUCACAUGACCACGGAUGAGUUUCUCUCUGAAUACAUUGCCCUGGAGAACCAAAUGCUGGCCUCGCGCUAUGGUGCCACAGUGAGGGCGAGAAGCAGUGGAAGCAUGUUGGCGGAAACAAUGAAAAGAACGCUCGAGGCGGUGGAAAUCGAUGCCAGUUGCAAUAAAAAGCCGCGAACAGAAGAUGAAGCAAUGGAGGCAUUGGACUCAUCUAUCGGGACGAUGCCAGAAGAGGUGUCGGAGCCUAUGGAAGUGAAUGAAACGCUAAACCCGAGGGAAAAGUUGCAAACGUUAAAUUCAUCGGACUCGGGUCUGGGUAUGACCCUGGAUAUCACGACGCUGGACAGCAGCAAACUUGAGAGUGCCGCUUUGAGUGCAAGCCUAGUGGAAGGACCUGCUUUGAGCAGCACCCUCCUGCCAGCUACACGGAACGAGUCGAGUAUCUUGGACACUGCGGACUCUGAAAUGAAUGCGUUGACAAUCGGUUGCGAAAAGCCGAAAGUUUUUGCAGGCCUGUCUUCUGACGACGAAGGUGUUGUACUUUCAGAUAUCGACGAACGUCGCCUGCAGUCGCUGUCGCCCAAGGUGAUGGUCAGAGAUAUUCUACCAGGAGUGCCCAACAAGGAUACCGUCACUGUGCUCAUCGAUGACGAGAUGCGGGCUCUGGUUGGUAUAACGGAAGACGAACCUCCUGAACGGCCGCCCACUUUCGUCGAAGAAGUUGUGACCAUUCCAAUAGAAGUCUGUUAUCCGCUUGAAUUUAACAUUUUUGGGAUUCCCGAAGCCCGUCUAAGACGGAGAAACCUUUUCAAGCUUCCAACAGACUUCGAUUUGUUCAAGAAGGCUCGCAUUCCCACCAAACGAGAUGCAGAACCAAAGCCUCCAAAAGCUGUCCGACUGUUGACACCUGCGAUCGUAGAGUAUACCGAAGAAUCUGCCACAGGCAGAGAACGUAAUGAUCCAAUGAGGCUAAGCUUGGAGUUUGACUUGGAUAAUAAUUUCUUGGGCUUUCGGCGACCCACUCACGACUCUGGCGUUGACGACAUGAGGUACGAUUCGCGGCCAAUAUCGGUUGAAACCCUUCUUGGAUUUAGCGAACCUACCGACGGGGACGAAGGUCCUGCAGAUGACAAAAAGCUUGUCGCCGCAGCGUUGGAUAAAUGUGACAGUGGUUUAGAUGCCACACAACUUGAGGUAGAAGCAAAUGAAUCCGCCAACGUGGACGGCAGUGGCUUAAAUGACACACAAACUGACAAAGCAGUACUGCCUGUAAAUGCCACACAACUAGAGGCAGCAGCAUUGCCUGCAAAUGGGCAAGCCAACGGUGACGACAGUGGCUUAGAUGCCACACAACUUGACGCAGCAGCUAUGUCUGCAGAUGAUCAACCCAAGGCAGAUGUCCCUGCUCUAGAUACCACACAACCAGAUGCAGGAGCAUCGGUGCCAGCAAAUGAUCAAACCAACCUAGACGACAGUGGCUUAGGUACCACACAAAUUGACUCAAUUUUAAGUAGUUUAAACAUAAACGAAGCGCCGACUAAUCCAAGCAGACCUGGAAGUGCGAUGGCCCACGACGACUGGAGGGAUGAUGCGAACAGUACUCAUGGCAGUGACCUGGGAGUUGAUAAUCCGUUCCGAAUUGACAAAGGAGGCUUUUCAGACUCCAGCGAUCUGGUGAGGGAUUGGCACAUCAAAAUAGCGCCCAUGCUGGAAGUAGCUCACGAAAGGCAGAAUUUCAAAUUUGAAGAUUUGGGUACCGAGAUCAUCGAAACGUGUCAGCAGGGCCAUGGCAGAGCUACACUGGCCGAUGUGAUGCAGGGCAAAGAUAAUACCACCAUGGGUCGGCAUUUUUUUGCCUCAUUGAAAUUGCUCAAUGACGGGAAUAUCGUGCUGAAAAAUGUAGAUCGUGAUAAAAGCAAGCCCAUCGACAUUUCCGAGUAUAAAAUGCAACUCAUGAGUACGGAGCGCAAACAAGUCCAUCCAGAAGAUGAUAUUGGCAAUUUGAAUGUGGUUAAGACAAAGCCGGCUGCGGAUAAGAAACGACUAAAACGCAAGUCAACGGAAGUUGUACCAGUGACAGCAGAAGCGCAUGUGAAAAUGGUGCGAUUAAUUGAGGCCAUACCGAAAGUUUCCCAAUCGCGAGAUGAUGGGGACUCUGGUAUAUCGUCGAUGGCUUCUUCUGCGAUGUGGUCGGAGAAGAAUCAGUAGAAUUUGUCCUGUCUUAAUGUUUAAUGUGUAUUAGCCUAUUUCUCUGUAGAUUAACCGUCUCCUAGUGGGUGUACAGUGUGUAUAGUUGUCUGUUUUCUGUGUUCAUAUCGAAUUUUCUAACACAUUAUAUUGUGUCUCCGCAGGGUCUGCAAAUGCUGCACUUUUCCCAGCUGUACUGCAAAAUUAAGAGGCUCCCAAUAGCCAUGCAAUAUUUUAGUUGAAUUUUUUUGAGCACGUGCAUAUAUUUAUCUUUAAGUGUAAUUUUAUACCUUUACCGUCUGUCGACUAUGCCAUAUAUAUGUCGGCAAAUUUUGGAACAGUAUUAUUUAAGCUCGAUUUCCUUAAGCAUUGAACAAAUUUCAGAUCGCCCUUCAAAUGUGUGUCGAAUAAUUCUUGCCUCUUUUUCGGUUAUGAUUUAUUGUUUAAGACAUUUUUUUGUUUGUUUUAAUUUUCUUUAAUUUUGAUUUCUAUUAUUUGCCAUUAAUUUCAUUUCAUUAAUUUUGUAUUAUUAUUUUUUAAAUUUUUAUACCCUGCAAGGCCUACGAGACUAUAGCCUCGAUCUGUGGAACGAUCGGCCUGUAUGAGUUAUUUUUCAUUUAAUUUCUUGCAUUUUUAUUUUCCUUAUUUCAUUUCAUUAUCAUUAUCAAACAUCACUGAAUGUUUUGGUUGUUCGCAUUUCAGACAAAAUCAGAGAAGAAAUUUUAUUUAAUGGCUAAGUUGCUGGAAGUGUUUCGGGAAUUCAUGAGCUGAUAGUACUAGCAUCAAGUACCUGAUCUCGUAGUGUACAAAUGUAUCAAAAAUAUAAAUUUUCUUCUGAAAUUUUAACUGUAAAUAAGAGAAGCUAGCUGGGAAAUGUACAUAUACACCAUACAGCAUAAUCUAUUGUAUAUAUUAUACACAAAUAAGCAUACAGUACGUACCAUACAUAUGCAUAUUUUACCUGAUUUAAGGCCUGAACAUCUAUUUACAAAUGUGCAAACAAAACCAACAAAAAUCCAUUUUUUUGUAGCUCUAAGUAGUCAUAAGAAUAUAAAAGAAAAUAUGCAAUUAUCGUA